AACUUUUAAGGUGUUUGGACUAACAGCUUUUAAAAUUCCGUUUAAUUUUGACGUAUGUCAUGUCUUCAACACUGCUAGAGAUUAAUACAUUGAUGGGAGUUCGUUACAGUGAAUUGAAAUGUUUAGUGUUCUUUUCCUGUAGCAGUCCAGAAUGUUUUCCAGAAAACCAGAACUGUUCUGUGUUGCCAUAGAGAGAAUAAUAAAGAUGAGAUUCAGACGUGCCCUUGUUGGAUAUGCAUGAUCUCUGUAUGGCUUUUUAAUUUUAGUUGAAAUUCUCUCCAUGGCCUUUUGGAGUCCCUUGGUGUGUCUCCAGAGUAAAUUUCAGUUACUCUACAUUUCAUCCAUGUUGGAGUGGCAGGAAAAAGGAGGAACUGAUUUGGGGUGAAAAGGUAUAACGAAGUGUAAACUUUAAAAAAGCAAAGAUGGGUGAAAAGAAACCAGAGCCUUUGGACUUCGUGAAAGAUUUUCAGGAAUACCUGACUCAGCAAACCCAUCAUGUGAACAUGAUUUCUGGAUCAGUUAGUGGGGACAAAGAAGCAGAGGCUCUUCAGGGAGCUGGAACAGAUGGUGAUCAAAAUGGACUUGAUCACCCAUCUGUUGAAGUUUCCCUGGAUGAAAACUCAGGAAUGUUAGUAGACGGGUUUGAAAGAACGUUUGAUGGGAAGCUCAAGUGUCGGUACUGCAACUAUGCCAGCAAAGGAACAGCCCGGCUUAUCGAACAUAUUCGAAUCCACACAGGUGAGAAACCUCAUAGAUGUCACCUUUGUCCAUUUGCAUCUGCUUAUGAACGUCAUCUGGAAGCCCAUAUGCGUUCUCAUACUGGAGAAAAACCAUACAAAUGUGAAUUAUGUUCCUUCCGCUGCAGUGAUCGAAGUAACCUGUCCCAUCAUCGAAGGCGCAAGCAUAAAAUGGUACCAAUUAAAGGUACUAGGUCUUCCUUAAGCAGCAAGAAAAUGUGGGGAGUUUUACAGAAGAAAACAAGCAAUCUGGGCUAUAGCAGAAGAGCACUAAUCAACUUAAGUCCACCUUCCAUGGUGGUUCAAAAACCAGACUACCUUAAUGAUUUUACCCAUGAAAUCCCAAAUAUCCAGACUGACUCCUAUGAAAGUAUGGCGAAAACCACACCAACUGGUGGCCUUCCAAGGGACCCCCAAGAACUUCUGGUUGACAACCCUUUGAAUCAGCUCUCAACUCUAGCAGGACAGUUGUCCAGUUUGCCACCUGAAAACCAAAACCCUGCGUCCCCUGAUGUAGUUCCCUGUCCCGAUGAAAAGCCUUUCAUGAUUCAGCAGCCUUCUGCCCAAGCAGUAGUUUCUGCUGUGUCAGCAAGUAUUCCUCAGAGCUCCUCUCCCACGAGCCCCGAACCUCGGCCAUCACAUAGUCAAAGGAACUAUAGUCCAGUGGCAGGUCCAAGCAGUGAGCCAAGUGCCCACACAAGCACUCCUAGCAUAGGAAACAGCCAGCCAAGCACGCCAGCCCCAGCCCUGCCAGUCCAGGACCCUCAGCUUUUGCACCACUGCCAGCACUGUGAUAUGUACUUCGCAGACAAUAUCAUUUACACUAUUCAUAUGGGAUGUCAUGGGUAUGAAAAUCCUUUUCAGUGUAAUAUAUGUGGAUGCAAAUGUAAAAACAAGUAUGAUUUUGCCUGUCAUUUUGCAAGAGGGCAACAUAACCAACAUUGAAAACAAUCAUAUUAUGUUUUACUUGGUUUUGCCUUUUUUGUGUUUUGUGCUUUGGUGUUUUUUUUCAUCCCUGAUAAAGUGUCUGCUAAUUUACAGUUAAUACAUUAUAUUUAUAGAAUAUAAAUUUGACAGUGGAAAUAGAUUUUCCCAUUUUUUUUCCCCAUAAAAGUCUGGUCAGAGUCAUUUAUGUAUUAAAAAAGUUAGACACAUUGUGUCUCUUUCCUUUCAUUUAGACAUUUGAGAAUUAGAGUGCAAUCAUAAUCUUCCAGGUGUUCAUUUAAAUUUUUCACAUUUAUGGUCCAUAAAAACUUAAAGGCUUAUCCAUACUUUUGAUAUUUCAAUAUAGACACUGAGCUAGAGAUGUUAUUUCUGUCAUAAAAUGGUAGAAUGAAUUAUCUUCUUAUAAAAUCUGUUACAACUUAUUUCAGUGUUUAGUAGAGAAAUUGCCUUAAAAAUUGCUCUUAAUUAAAAUAUUUAGUUCACAUAUCUUAAGUUGAAUUAGUAGUUUCAUUUCAACUGACAAUAAUGAAGCUAUUUCAUUUCAGUGUAGUAAAUUUUUCUUUUUUCCACAGGGGAAAUGUAAAAUAGUUAAUUCUUACAAAAAUAGGAGAUGAAAGUUCUAAAAUAAAACUUAAGACUUUAAAUUGAAAAGUGUGUUUAAUAUUUAAAAUACCUGUUUAUUCAAUUUCUAGUUUAAACCCAUGUCCAUUCUCCAUUGAAUCUUUAUUAUAUUUUGGAUUAUUUUUUAAAACCACAGGUAAAUACACUAGAGUGCUUUUACUUUCAGCUUGAACUUUUUUCAUUUAAAGCUUUUCUUACAUUACUAGUGUCAGAUGAGGUUGAUAACUAUAGUGAGAAUCCUUUAUUCUUCCUAUUCCUUUGAAGACCAAAGAGGUAUAGUGGAAGUCAUCCAUCUUAUUAUUAAAAUGUAGAGCUUUGGAAAAAAAAAAAUCUCUGAAGAUUCCUUUUCCUGCCUUCUAUCCAUUUAUUGCCCAUAAUUUCCAAGAAAAGGUGGGUAUAGAAACACAUGGGAAAAAGAUGGUGAAGUAAUAUUUACAAAAAUGAGAACAUGUGUCCAAAAUGGAUUCUGGUUUCCUUUUCAGAUUGGCCAUCUAAAAUGUUUUCUGUGAAUUCAAACUGUAAUUCUUAUUUGCAGUUUUACCAGUCUUCUUGUACAGUGAUAAAACAAUAUGGAAACUGAAUUGUCGCCUUAGUAAUAAGAAAGGAUAGAAAGGUGUGAAAAUGGAUACAAAAUGCAUUUAAAUAUAUUUGUUUAUAAAAAUAAGACUUGCUAAAUAAAUCUAGAGUAAUUCAUUUUGAAUAGGAGGCUGUUGUUUUUAUAUUGUGUAAUAACUAGCUUACUCUGAAGAGAGCUUGGUCAAACAAUAAAAUAUAUUGUUACUAACUGUUGGUUUCUGUGUACUUUGCAAAAAAUUUAUUUUUAAUUUGGUUCAUAUCUUCUUCAGUGUGCUCUUAAUUGGCUUCUGAAAGAGACUAUCCUGUUAAGCAUCUGUUAACCCAAAAGGACCUCUACUCUUGUAGUAAAUAAAAGGGAAAUACUGAUGGUAUAUGCCCACAAAAACCCCAAGUGCCAAGUUAAUGGAUCCUCUGCCCUCUCUUCCAAAUGCUAGAAAGCCAUUGUAAUGAGUUCUUGUGGUUUAGUAUCUAAACUAAUCUCAACUGUAUUGUUUAAAGAGCAGCAUCAAGGACAGUUUCUCCAAACUAGAACUUUGUCAAAUCUUGUGAAUCCAAAAUUCUACAAUUCUGUCUCACUCUGUUGCUUAAAUCAUUCACUGCUCAGUUCAGUUUUACUGCAGCAAUUUCCGAAUGUAACUUUGCUCUAGUAUUUAUCAGUUGCCAGAAAGAAACAGGUCAUUUGGAAGCUUCUGCAAUUAUUUUUCCUUAUAUUUUUCAGGUAAAAGCAAUACCCCAAAAUACAAAAUGAAAAUUUUCAUUAAAGAGAAAGAACUCUCUUAUUAAAACCAGCUUAUUAACUCUAUAUUCUGGGCCAAAUACAUUUUUUUUUUUCCUAACAACUAAAGGUGGAUGUUUUGGAGGUGCAUUUUAAUUUAAACAUGGAAAAGAUAUUUUUUUUCAUAAUUACAAACUAGAAUGUAAUAUCCUAAUUUUCCUAUGACUUACAGAGCACAGUUGAUAUCCCAAAGGUGUUGAUGCUUAAAAGCUACAAUUAUUCUAAAUGCACUUAAAAUUUUUGAGGCAAAUCUACCUUAGAAACUUUUUUGAUAUUGUAUUUUUUAAAAGAUUUAGGAUUUUAUUUAAAUUUCCUGUGAGUUAAAUUCUGUAUUUGUUAAGAUGUUCAUAUCUUCCCUUAUGUAUUAAAUACAUUUCUCAUUUUUAAUCAAAUAUUUUAUAGAAGUAAGUUGUUGAGAAAAGUUUUAACAUGCACUAUUUAUAGUACUUUGCCAUUAACAGGCAAUGUUCUGAAACUAAAUUUAUUUUUGUUCAGUGAACAUAAGUUUAGAUUUUUAAAGUUGGUAGAUAAUUUAUCUCCACUAAUAUUUUUUUAAAAAACUGUGAAGAGAUUAACAGGGAAUAAUUUUAUUUCAGAUUAUACUAAUGUAGUAUGUAGCUACAACUUGAAAUUCAAGUAAAGGCUAGACUUUUACUUUGAAAAAAUUCCAUUGGGUAUUUUCCAGUGCUAUUUCAUUUUAGAAAUAAGUGUUUGCCAGUCUUCUCCAAAAUUGUUUGACAGAGGGAUUACUAAAAAAAUAAAGAUAAACCUCAUUUUAAGUUCUACCAAAAUAUUUAUCAAAUGAAUGUGUUACUAAAAAUAUAGAUUCCCUGCUGAAGACUUUUUCAUUAGUCUUAGGGGGUGUAUGCUUUCUAGAACUUGUUUUUGUUAAUGUGUACUUUGAUGUAUAACAACAUAUUUUGUAUGCAAAACAUAAAACUUGCAUUAUGGUUGUAAAAUACACUAUAUUUAGGGAUUCCAAAAAGCAGUUUAAUGCUGAAAUACCUGUAUCUAGUAUGUAGUUCAUAUUGUGAUGAAGCUUUGCUUUUGUAAUAUAUGAAUAAAAUAAUAACACUUUCUAAUGA